GUACUGAUCAGACCUACAUUCACUACACUGAUACUGCACUGACACCUCAUCCAUACUGCCAGGUCACUGCUGUCCUACUUCCAGUGAGGGUUGACACAGACGGAGUGACAGACUACGUUUCUGUAUUUUACACAAGAGAGCAAGUGCACAAGAACUGUGGUACCUUACAUCAUGAGAGGGAAGGCAUUUAUCAUCAUGAUCUUGUCAGGGCUGUGUUCCCUCUCCUUAUGUUUUCCUCGUGAGUACCACGUUGUUGAAUAUGAAAAAAACUGGACUGACGCCCAGACCUACUGCAGGCACCAUUACAAAGAUCUGGCCACCAUAGCCAGUCAGGAGGAUGUGACCAUGCUGUCUCAUGCUUUGGGCAAUUGUCAGCGCCACGCAUGGAUAGGGCUGUACAAUGACAUCAACAGCUGGAGGUGGUCUCUGGAAAAUACUUCUUACUACAAUGAAGGAGAGACCGAGUUCAGGAGGUGGAAGUCUGGUGAACCCAAUGACUACUCAAGGAUAGAGGACUGUGUCAAGUUUAGGCAAGGAAAAUGGUGGGAUGAUCCUUGCAGUAAAAAACUCCAUUUCAUCUGCUACAACGCCCUAGGCUCGCACAGAUUCCAUGUGGUGAAGGAAACAAAGAACUGGACUGAGGCUCAGAGGUACUGCAGGGAGAACUACACAGACCUGGCCAUUGUGAGGAACGAAGAUGAAAACACAAACAUCUCCUCUUUGGUCAGGCCUGCGAAUACGUUUGUGUGGAUCGGCCUGUUCAGAGUCUUUUGGAAGUGGUCAGAUGGAAGCACCAUGUCAUUCACCAACUGGCAACAGAAACCAGAUGGAAGACAAAAAGAGACAUGUGUGGUUACAAGCUCAAAUGGCAAAUGGCUGGUUAGGCCUUGUAGUGAAAGAAAAUCCUUUGUCUGUUAUGGUGCUGCUAAAGAGGAAAAUCAGCCUCAGUGGAUCCUGAAGAGGCGAUGCUGCAAAAGCUGUGAGAGAAAAGUGGAGGACUGAGGCGCCUGAUGGAAAGGUCGUCCACAAGGAAGAAAAGGAGGAGAACUGAAGCCUUGAAUAAAGGCUUUGAUUUUCCAUUUUCUGAUAAUUCACUUGAUGAAAUGUUACUCAUGACUUCACCAGAAAAAAUCACAAUAUUUAUGAACAUGCCAGCAUAUUUUACAUCUGAAAUA